CUUCCGAAGGAAGGAAAUGGGGGGAAGAAGGAAGCUGCAACGGUCGCUCACUUCACUGCGGCGGCAGCGCUCCGGAUUCCCGAGAGAAAAAGCAAGCGCGGGACCUGAGGAGCGAGCAGAGCAGGACGACCAGACAGGUCCCGCGCCUCCCGGCCCGCGAGCGCCUCGCCUUCCCGCCAUCCGAGCCUCCCCACCCACCGGCUCCUGAGCGAGUCCUUCCUAUCGCCACGAGUGUGAGACUGUGGUGAGCGAUCGUGGGGGCAACGCGACGCGCGCGCACGCAACCGGACCAAACCAAACCGCGCGGGGGCAGGGACGGAAGGAGGGAGGGAGGCCGAGCAGGGGAGCGAUAGGCACCGGCCCGCCGAGCGCUCGCGCCGUCCGUCGGGUCCCUUCCGCCGCCAUGGCUAGGUCGUGGCUUAUAACUGGUAGGGGAAUUGCUAAGAAAAUAAGAUACGCAACUCAUUGCACUAAUCGCCAGAUAAGUGAAUUGGGUGCAGAAGCUCGGAGGGAAUGCCCAAAUUGCAAACAUGACAUUGAUAACAGCGAUGUUGCCAUAGAGUGGCCUGGGCUUCCUGCUGGUGUCAAGUUUGAUCCAUCUGAUUUAGAAUUGCUUGAACAUUUAGAAGAAAAUAUUGUCCUGGGAGGUUUGGAGCCCCAUGUGUUCAUUGACGUGUUUAUUGCAACUGUAGAGAACGAUGAAGGAAUCUGCUAUUCACAUCCUGAAAAUCUUCCUGGCAUAAAGAAAGAUGGUAGCAAUGCUCAUUUUUUCCAUAGAGUUUCAAAUGCAUAUGGUUGUGGCCAGCGCAAGCGUAGAAGGGUCAUCAGCUGUAGUGAUCACGCUGUUUUUGAUGAGCAUGUGAGAUGGCACAAGACAGGCAAAUCCAAAGCCAUAUAUGACAAUGGUGUUAAGAAAGGUUGGAAGAAGAUCAUGGUUCUGUACAAAACUUCGCAAAGAGGUGCAAAACCUGAUAGAGCUCACUGGGUGAUGCAUCAGUAUCACCUUGGAGAAGAGGAAGAAGAAAAGGAUGGGGAGCUUGUUGUUUCCAAAAUCUUUUACCAAUUGCCGACAAAGCAAAUGGAAAGUUCUGAAACAGAAACUGCUGAUGAAGAACCUGAUGCAUUUGCUUCAGGGAUUGGUCCAAAAACUCCAAAGACAAACAACCCGCCGCCACGUCGCCCUAAUAAUAGUCCAUGUGAAACUGAGCAGAAUGCUUCCAUCCUGCAGGACCAGGAUGGAGGAGAACCUACUAUACCUAUUAUUAGCCUGGAGGAUGACGCCGGGAACCCUGCAUGGUGUGCUGGAGAACAAGCUGUUGGAAAGGCAGCUCAAGCGCAUCCUUUCUUCGACGAAUCUCUGCUUUGCGGCGAGGACCCGGCUUCCUUAAACGAUGAAACAUUGCUUCCCUUGGAUUACCCCAUUCUGUCCCAAUGCAGGGAUGAUAUGCUUGACACGAACCUGAAUGCAUUUUAUGGAUUACCUGAUCUCCAGAAUGUAGACCUUGGAACACCUCCAGAUCUUCAGCUUUCUGACUUACUGUUCGGUUCUCAGGAAAGCCUUGGCAGCUGGCUGGAUCGCAUCUAGGAUGAUAAAGACCGUCUUUCUGCACAUAAUAUGGCAAUCGGUGGCAACUAUUUUGGGACUUGCGCAAUACGCAUCAGUAAUGUAUUGUGUUAAGCCAUCAAACUGUCUCUGAAAAGCAAGAACCUUUCUUCCUUUUUCCCUUUUCUUAGAAGAAAUGAAACAUCUUGACCUUGAACAGCUGGCUAUCAGAAAACUUUUGCCUUGAAAUCUGGUUGUGUGUUUUAGGCAUGGGUGGUGCAAACCUUCAUUACCCCCUUGUGUCUACAUGUAAUAUGCGUUACAAUUCGAUGCCCCUUGAAAGAUGGUUUUGACGAGCCAUGCA